GUGAGUUUAGUCGGUGUGUGCAUGGAUGGUUCAGCAGUGACUCUCCAGCUGCUGAGCGGAGUGGAGCGCACACCAAACUAGUUCCCAUCCUCUAUUUUUUUUUUUUUUUUUUAAUCUUUAACGUCCUCUUUGGGGUGAAUGAGAACCUUCGGGCCGGAGAAGCAGAAACAUGGGAACAUACCGGUUUUCUGUUACUUGGACUUGGAGAGCGCUAUGUGUCUUUUUCUUUUCCGCGCUGCUGGAGACCAGAGUCGCCGCUAACUACCCUUUUGACCACAUCAUCCAACAAAACAACUUUUGCAUGUUCUGUGAUGUGGAGCCUUCGACUUGUGAUGGCACAAGGACCUGCCGGCCCGACUGCCUCAUCACAUCCUUCUGCGAUAACAUGAGCGAUGUCUGCGUGGCCGUCUGGAGGAAGAAUGAGACAGGCUUCUCCAUUGAGACCAUCUGCCACGACCCGCUCCAGCCUCUGUACGGCGUGAUGUUGGAUGACUACAACAGCCCCACCUGUGUGAUGAAGGAGAAGAACACAACCAGUGGUGUGGCUCACAUCUGCUCCUGUGCAGGGAAGGAGUGUAACAGCGAACUGUAUUUUUCCCCCAGUCAGCCCACGUUUCACCCCUUCAUCCAAGAAGGCAGAUUUUGUAAGUUCUGUGAUGUGGAGCCUUCAACUUGUGACGGCACUGGAACCUGCAAGCCCGACUGCCCCAUCACAUCCAUCUGCAACAUCGGUGACGUCUGUGUGGCCAUCUGGAGGAAGAGUGAGACAGGCGUCUCCAUUGAGACCAUCUGCCACGACCCGCUCCAGCCUCUGUACGGCGUGACGCUGGACGACUACAACAGCCCCACCUGUGUGAUGAAGGAGAAGAACACAACCAGUGGCGCGGCUCACAUCUGCUCCUGUAGUGAUGAUGAGUGUAACGAGAAUCUCCAAUUUCCCCUUCGUAAUCCCAAUUUCCAGUUCUUGAAGACUUGUAAGGUCUGUAAUGUGGAGCCUUCGUCCUGUGAAGGCUCAGAGACCUGCAAGGCCAACUGCUCCACCACGGUCACCUGCAGUAACGUGAGAGAUGUCUGUGUGGCCAUCUGGAGGAAGAGUGAGACAGGAUUCUCCAUUGAGACUCUCUGCCACGACCCAUUCCAGCCUCUGUACGGCGUGACGCUGGACGACUACAACAGCCCCACCUGUGUGAUGAAGAAGAGGAACACGACCAGUGGCGUCGCUCACAUCUGCUCCUGUACAGAUAAGGAGUGCAACAACCAACUCCAGUUCUCACCCAAUAACCCCUAUCGCAUCCGCAUGCACAAUCUUUGUAAGUUUUGUGAUCUGGAGCCUUCGUCCUGUGACGGCAACAAUACCUGCAUGAGCAACUGCAGCAUCACAUCCACCUGCGAAAGCAUCAACGAGGUCUGUGUGGCCAUCUGGAGGAAGAAUGAGACAGGAUUCUCCAUUGAGACUCUCUGCCACGACCGAUUCCAGCCUCUGUACGGCGUGAUGCUGGACGACUACAACAGCUCCACCUGUAUGAUGAAGGAGAAGAACAUAACCAGCGGCGUGGCUCACAUCUGCUCCUGUACAGAUGAGGAGUGCAACGACCAACUGCGGUUCAUCCCCGUUGUAGAUGGUGUACCAGUUCCAGAAGACCCUUUGUUGUCAGUGAUCCUGGUGAGCCUGCUGCCUAUGCUGGUGAUGGGGCUAAUGGUUGUUGGAAUAUUCUACUGGUAUAGAGUUUACCACCAACGCCAGCUCAACCAAAUGUGGGAGAACAGCAUUAAGAAGCGCAAGCCGAUAGCCAGCAGGCUGGACUGCAGCGACGCCUGCGCCAUCAUGAUGGAUGACGAUAGGUCAGACAGCAGUUCGACCCACGCCAACAACCUCAACCACAACACGGAGCCGCUGAAUAUAGAGCUGGACCAGCUGGUGGGGAAGGGCCGCUUUGCUCAGGUGUACAAGGCUAAACUGAAGCAGACCACGUCGGAUCAGUUUGAAACAGUGGCCGUGAAGAUCUUCCCCUAUGAGGAGUAUGCGUCGUGGAAGAACGAAAAGGACAUCUUCUCCAACACAGACCUCCGACAUGAGAACAUCCUCCAUUUCCUGACGGCCGAGGAGCGGAAAGUGGAGAAACAGUACUGGCUUAUCACUGCUUUCCACCAAAGGGGAAAUCUACAGGAGCACCUGGCGCGUCAUGUGCUCAGCUGGGAGGAGCUGCACGUACUGAGCAGCUCUCUGGCCCGAGGUGUGGCCCACCUCCACAGCGACCGCCUUCCCUGUGGACGCUUUAAGGUACCGAUCGUCCACCGAGACCUGAAGAGCUCCAACAUCCUGGUGAAGAAUGACCUGACGUGCUGCGUGUGUGACUUCGGCCUGGGACUCUGUCUGGACAGCAGCCUCUCAGUGGAUGAGCUCGGCAACAGUGGCCAGGUGGGCACCGCGCGCUACAUGGCCCCCGAGGUGCUGGAGGCCCGGCUGAACCUGGAGAACAUCGAGUCGUUCAAGCAGACGGACAUUUACUCCAUGGCCCUGGUGCUGUGGGAGAUGACGUCGCGGUGUGAAGCUAUUGGAGAGGUGAAGGACUACGAGCUGGCGUAUGGAUCUAAAGUGCGAGAGCACCCCUGUGUGGAGAGCAUGAAGGACAACGUGCUGAGAGACAGAGGGAGACCCGAGAUACCAGACAGCUGGCUCAGGCAUCAGGGCGUGGCGGUGAUCUGUGCCACCAUCACGGAGUGCUGGGACCACGACCCCGAGGCCCGCCUCACCGCCCACUGCGUGGCCGAACGCCUCUCCGAGUUAGAGGAAGAGAUGGACAAACUGUCCAGCCGCAGCUCCUCGGCGGAGAAGAUCCCCGAGGAGCUGAAGUUCCCGAUAGAGGUGGAGAUCCCAGAGGAGGAGGUGAAAAUCUCCGAGAUACAGAACAUCAUAGCUGUGGACUGCUCGGUGAGCGACACGAAGUGAGAGCCAGUGAGAGGUUUUAUGUUUUUUUCGUUUUGUUUGUUUCAUCCCCGACAAGAGCACUUCCUCUGCUCCGACGGGGCUGAGGGCAGAACUGUCGACAGUGAUGUUCAGGAGCUGAGCUCUUGCAGGACUUUGAGCCAGGUUGAGUGUGAGUCGAAAUGUCUUACCUUGUUGUAGCCCAGUACGGAUAAACUCUGGGUGAUGCUUUUGGUCUUCACCGCUUCUUAAAAUGCCAUAAUGAGCUGAAAACAGAGCCAAAAAAAAAAAGAAAAAAAAAGCCAAAGUUAACUGGAAGCUUUUAAAGAUGUGUUGAGUGUGGAGAGUGUCCAAGCAAACACGCCUCUCUAAGAGAAAUACAGAUUACGCCAAAGAUAUUGGAUGUGCACUUUACCAUGUGAUACAGGUUUUUAUCAUUCUAUGUGUUUUUUGUUUUUUUGUACUUUAACAUGCUUUUGCCACAAAGUGCCUUUCUGUGGUCGUUUUUGAGCCAAAAGGAAAAAAAAAAUCAGCAGAGAUGUUGCCUGAACACUAAUGUUGCUGUUGACUCCAUCACGUUUGUGUGUGUGUGCGUGGGUGCAAGUGGGUGCGAGUGUGUGCGUGCGUGCGUGCGUGCUUGUGUGUGUGUGUGUGUGUGUGUCUGCCUUAACCUUGUUUGCCAGAUAAACAAGCACAAUGUACUGUACAUAGAGACGAUAAGUGUACAUAGGAGACAAAUCAGCAAUAAAGGGAAAGUAAUCCUACUACAGCGCUUACCUUUGAAUGCAGAGAUUAAAAAGAAGUAUUUUUUAAAAACAGUGUACGUUUCUGCCUAUAGCAACAGGAAACUGAGGAGAACGCCAAAGACAUUUUAACGUGCCUUGUGAUACAGUAUGUGUUAUAUGUAAAAUAUUGUAAAUCUCUUAUGAAUUAAAUAUGUUUCUGUGUACCGAU